AUGACAAGUCACCUCAGGACACACGGCUCAAGAAUCCACCCGUUGCUAACUGAUGGGACUCACGUGGUAACUCAGGCCACUGGAGACACAACAAAUCAGCUCGUUCUGAGCAGAUCUGUAAAUCCCUCGAGACACGCAUUCGUGACAUGCAAGAAUCAAGGAGAAACAACUCAGAUUUUGGGGAAGGCAGCAGAAAGAAGUUUCAACAGCACGGUAACCUUGGAAGAAAUUAAUCUGCCCUCAGAAUUUAUCAGACCUGCAGGCAGAAAGGGCCCCAUUUCGGAAGAAGAGAGAAUGGAGUUACUGAAGGCCCAAAUCACAAAGGGAGCCUUUUUUAUAACUGACUGGACCAGACCAGGCCCAAGCCACAGAGAAGACAGUUUUGAUGAUGGGCGUUUUGGAAGUGAUUUGCAGCUUGAACCUGUGCUCUCAAACCCUUUUGGACCCCAGCUAAAGCAAAACUCCCCCAUACUGGUGGGCCAGAUAAACAACAUGUUCAUUAGCAUUGGUCUUAAAAGGGUUGCUGAAACGGAAGUGGUUGGCAAUUUCAAAUCUCCUGAUAAAAAGGCAAAAGGCUCCCAGCAUGAAGAAAGCUCGGGGUCGACAAAAGGAAAGACAAUUAAGGCCUAUGGAAGAACAAAUCGUAGGAGAGGUCAGGCUUUGAGAAGAAAUCUAUUUUCGGAGGAAAGGCUUUAG